UCGGGUCCAUAUUCGCCCAAAAAGAAAAUCCUUUUUAAUUCUAAAUAUUUUUUUGCUUCCAGCUCAAAAUUCAUUGCAAGAGAGAGAGGGAAAACAAAAAGAAAAACCUUGGGGAUUGUUUCAAAUUUUUUUCAUUUGGGAUUUUGGGUUUUGGUUUUAGAAAUGAAAGGAAGGAAAAGGGUAUCUCAGAGUGAGGAAGGAGGAAGCGGGGGUGAUGAGAAAGAGAAGAAAAGUGAAGGGACUGGAGAUGAAAUGGUUGAAAAUGAACGACUUGGGGAGAAAAGGGUGGAGGGAGAUGGAGAAGAAGAGGAUCACGGGGAGGAAGAUGAUAACGAAGAAGAAGAAGACGAAGAAGAGGAAGAAGAAGAUGGUGAGAGGAAAGAUGAAGAGAGGACUAAGCUUGAUGAUGGGUUCUUUGAGAUUGAAGCAAUUCGCCGCAAAAGGGUUCGAAAGGGCCAGCUUCAGUAUCUAAUCAAAUGGCGCGGAUGGCCGGAAACUGCGAAUACAUGGGAGCCAUUGGAGAAUCUACAGUCAUGUUCUGAUGUUAUAGAUGCAUUUGAGGCAAGCUUGCAUUCAGGGAAGCAGGGUCGAAAGCGCAAACGCAAGCAUGGUGGUCUUCAGACACAGUCCAAGAAGAAGCAGACGAGUUCCUCUAUCGCUACAUAUAAUGCAACUGGUCUCGAAGUUAGUGUUAUUGAUAAGCCUCCCUUGGUUCCCAUUGACGAUUCUGGUAUUGCCGAUCUUUCUGCUUCAAGUACAGUUACAGUGUCGGUACGUGAGGGAGAGCGUAAUGGAAACGGCAACAAUGUCAAAAGAUCUAAGAGAGUUAAGGAAAACAGUUCCGCAAUGGGUUCAAAGAAAGUUGACGGGAAGAAAGAUGAUUAUGAUACCAAGCUUAGCGACCUAAAAGGCGCAGCAUCUUCCAAAGGGGCCAAUGCGGAUAAGCUUGCGGUACGGUUCCAAGAAGUCAAGGCUUCUGAAGGUGAUGGUCCUGUCAACGGGCUACCAAGGGUUGGGGAAUCAGUUCCAAGUGAUCGUCGUACAGGAGCUAAAAGGAGGAAGCCUAGUUCUGUUAAGAGGUUUAAACAGGAUUCAGCUUCUUCCGGACCUAAUUUGACUCAAAAUGCCAUCCACAUUGGCUAUGCAAUUACAGAUGCAGAUAUGGAAAUGGUUAAUCUUGGUUUAACAGCAGACAGUUUGAGUCAUAGGCCCCCGAUUGAUAGUUCUGUAAAUGUACCCGUUGUAAUCAAGAUCAUCAAGCCUGUAGAAUUUUCAGCUUCCAUAUCAGACAACAAUCAAGAUGUCUCUGUAACGUUCUUGGCACUCAGGUCUGAUAGAAAAGAGGUCAUGGUGGACAACCAAUAUCUUAAAGCUAACAACCCACUGAUGUUAAUCAACUUCUACGAGCAACAUCUCAAGUAUAUCCCUCCAUCUUGAUCACCCCCGACAAAGCUGAAGGCCGCCAUAUUCUUUUUGUUUGUAUGCAUUGUUGUAAGUUUAUUACAUUAGUUGCAGAAUAUAGAACUGGAUAGCAAGUGGUCUCUCAUUUUCAAGCGCCAAGCCGACUG